AAACGGAAAACGAAUCCGCGCGUGUGCUGUGAGGCGCGGGCCUUGGCUGCGUGAAGGCUUCUUGUGGGAGGUGGGUUCCAGUUGGUGACCAAGGGCAAGAAAUGCUCUGUUGCAAGAUGGCACUGUUGACACAAACUCAAGGGUCUCAAAGUAACCAAUGCCAACCAGUGAAGGCUCUGUUCAAGCAUGAAUCUCUGGGAUCCCAGCCCUUACAAGACAGAGUUCUCCAGGUUCCUGGGCUUGCCCAGGGAGGGUGCUGCAGAGAAGAUGCAAUGGUAGCUUCCAGGCUCACUCCAGGGUCCCAGGGGUUGCUGAAAAUGGAAGAUGUGGCUCUGACCCUCUCUCCUGGGUGGACACAGCUGGAUUCAUCUCAGGUGAACAUCUACAGAGAUGAAAAGCAGGAGAACCAUAGCAGCCUGGUCUCCCUUGGUGGUGAAAUACAGACUGAGAGCAGGGGCUUGCCUCCAGUCAAGAAGCUUUCAAAAAAGGAGCAUGGGAAGAUAUGCCACCUGAGGGAAGACAUUGCCCAGAAUCCUACAUGUGCAGAAGCUGGUGAACAGGAGGGCAGGUUACAAAGAAAACAGAAAAAUGCUGUAGGGAGUAAGCGACAUUAUUGCCAUGAAUGUGGAAAGAGUUUUGCUCAAAGUUCAGGCCUGACUAAACACAGGAGGAUCCACACUGGCGAGAAACCAUAUGAAUGUGAAGACUGUGGGAAGACCUUCAUUGGGAGCUCUGCCCUUGUCAUUCAUCAGAGAGUUCACACUGGUGAGAAACCAUAUGAGUGUGAAGAAUGUGGUAAGGUCUUCAGUCACAGCUCAAAUCUUAUCAAACACCAGAGAACCCACACUGGGGAGAAGCCCUAUGAGUGUGAUGACUGUGGGAAGACCUUCAGCCAGAGCUGCAGCCUCCUUGAACAUCACAAAAUUCAUACUGGGGAGAAGCCAUAUCAGUGCAAUAUGUGUGGCAAAACCUUUAGGCGGAAUUCACAUCUCCUGAGACAUCAGAGGAUUCAUGGUGAUAAAAAUGUUCAGAAUCCUGAGCAUGGGGAGUCCUGGGAAAGGCAGGGUAGGACAGAAAGCCAGUGGGAAAAUAUUGAGGCUCCCAUGUCUUAUAAAUGUAAUGAGUGUGAGAGAAGUUUCACCCGGAAUAGAAGUCUUAUUGAACAUCAAAAAAUCCACACUGGUGAGAAACCCUAUCAGUGUGAUACAUGUGGAAAAGGUUUCACUCGAACUUCAUACCUUGUUCAACAUCAGAGAAGCCAUGUAGGGAAAAAAAUUAUUUCACAGUGACCCAUAGUAUUCAUGCCAACACUGGUGCUCAUUUGUCACUGAACUGAAGCCACCCUGGAGCCCUUAAUGGUUACAGAAGUUGUGGACCAGGGCUUUAUUUACCACUAUACAUCAUUGGGUAUGGGAAAAUGUUGUCUGGCUGAGAUGAUGAGUUAUCUUCUACAUUCUAGAAAGUGAUUGGAAGAAGAAGUCAUUUGAUAGGAGGCCAUGGGAGAGUCGUCUGAAAGUUGUAGGACCUAAAAUAGUUUGUUCUCACCCAGUGGAUUUAAAUGGCCUUCUGGACUUGUUAAUUGCCCUCAGCUAGCACUUUUGGACAUCUGGUUGGAUGGCUCUGAUCUGGGGGGCUGCUGCUCUGACCAUUCAUUUUGCCUCUAAUGAAUCUUUCACAUAUUGGUCAGAUCAAUGAGGUCUUUUACUCUUCAUUGUGCCUUGUAUGAUAGGUGCUAAUAAACAUCUAUUAAAUGUACCAGUAAAAUGACCUUUGUAGCUCCAAAAAUUUGAUGUCUGUAUUUCUGAGAAAUUUCUAACUUAUGCCAUUUUUGUUUAUGUAUUCUUCUCUGAGGUUCUAGAUUCUGGGUCAAUCUAGUGUAUUUGUUGCCAUGUACAUAUUGUUUUCAGAAUUGGGGUGGGGGAAUCCAUAUUUCUCUACCAUGAUAGUACAGAUGAGAAGAAUGCCUUAAACAGCUUCUUUAUCAUUAAGACAUUGUGAAAUUGCUCCAUCCAUAGAACUCCACUGUUUAGUCAAUGUUAAUUAUGUUAGUUUACAUUAAUUUUGCUACGCUUUAGGGGGAAUCUUUCACAUUCAGGUAAAUAAAAAUCAACCUAUCAAGUUAGAUCAAAAUGAUUAUUAUGAAUUUUGAAGACAUUCUGUAAGACUUACCAUCUUGUUUCUUACCUUUUAGUUAUCUUGGUCCUAACAAAGUGCUAAGACGUCAUCUGUGUCCGUCUUCCCCAGUUUAUAGCUGACUGUGCAUCAAGGCUUAUGCCAGCUAAGCUUAAACUUUCUCCAGGUCCGAAGAUUCAUACCAAAUAUUUAUAAUUAUUAUUCAUGGUUUCAAAACUGCACUAUCAGUUGGGGACAGGAAGAUCAGGUUAGAGGCAGCCUACAAGGAGAGAAACUCACGUCUUGAGUGGUAGGAGAAAAUGUAUCUGUUCAGGCUGGGUGCCAUGGCUUACACCUGUAAUCCCAGCACUUUGGGAGGCUGAGGCGGGCAGAUCACAUGAAGUCAGAAGUUUAAGAGACCAGCCUGGCCAAGAUGGUGAAACCCCAUCUCUUCAAAAAAUACAAAAAUUAGCUAGGCAUGGUGACACAUGCCUGUAAUCCCUGCUACUUGGGAGGCCAAUGUAGGAGAAUUGCUUGAACCUGGGAGAUUGAAGUUGCAGUGAGCCGAGAUGGUGCCACUGCACUUCAGCCUGGGUUUCAGAGUGAGACUCUGUCUCAAAAAGAAAAAAAAGAAAAUGUGUCUGUUCAGAAGCACAUUGGGAAUCCUAGGUAUCUGAUGAAAAGGAUUUCACAAUAUCCAAAGUGUUGAUAUGUGAUGUCAAGGCUCAAUGCUGUGAGUUAUUCACAGGAAAUAAGAAUGUUUUGAUAUCUUCUGUUUUCAUCCAAAUCACCUGUGUGCUUAAAGACUGAUUUCUGAAGUGCUCAAGUGCCUAUUACCAUCUUCCAGCAUUGCCAGAUUUUCAUGAAUGGAUUCUGCUUCUGAUGAAUUACCUGACCAUGUUUUAUUCAGUCACCAGCAUAGUGUUCUUGUCUAUUCUCAAAUACCCUUUCUGGAUUUCUGCUCUGAAAUACCACAGGCUGACCAGAGACUUUCAAAACCAUAAAGCUCUGCCUUUAUUAGUUCCCUACAAUCAUUAAUUGCCUUCAUUAUCUCCUUCUUUUCAGUCUAAUUUAAAACUUCUUUAGCAUUCGAAAGUUCUGUAGACUUUCUCCACUCAAUCUUUUCUAGCUUUUUAAUUUCUUUAAAAUCAGCUUUAUUUAUGUUAUUUCCACAAAGCUAGCCACUUUCUUUUCUCCUUUUUUACUUUUCCUAAAUAUUUGCUAAUAGCUCUGAUUUUACACACUCAAACUCAUUACAGACAACUCUAUUCACUUUUCUGUGGUAUUUGUUUCUGAUGUUACAUGAAGAGAUACAUGUGAAAGCUUUUUACAAACCAGAAAGUAUUAUACGAAUAUAACUUCCUGAGAUUAA